GAAAUUACAGUUGACAGUUUGAAUGAAGCCACACGACCUGAGACACUGAUGUGGUUACUCAUUAAAGCAGUGAGAGAGAGAGAGAGAGAGAGAGAGAGAGAGAGGUGGACUGCUGUUCCUUUAAGAGCAGAGGGUGUGGGAACACACCGUCACUUUCCUGAAUCGAAACUUGCCUGAAUGAAGCCACACGACCUGAGACACUGAUGUGGUUACUCAUUAAAGCAGUGAGAGAGAGAGCGAGAGAGAUAGAGAGAUAGAGGUGGACUGCUGUUCCUUUUAGAGCAGAGGGGGUGAAACACACCGUCACUUUCCUGAAUCGAAACUUGCCUGAAUGAAGCCACACGAGCUGAGCUUCCUGAAACUCACUUCGUAGAACCCCCUCCGCCACACAGGAACUCUUGUCUCCUUGUCUUGUUUUCGUAAUCCAAACUGCAUUUAGUACUUUGUUUUUGAAAUCCAGGACGCGUGCGCUGUACGUCUGUAAGGUAAUAUAAGCAUUUCCUAUGGCUUUAUCCAGCAUUCCCCUCUCAGAGUGGCAGUUCCUCUGCACCGUGUGCCAGGAUGUGUUUACUGAACCCGUAUCCACGCCCUGUGGGCACAACUUCUGUAAAGCCUGUUUGACUGGAUUCUGGGAUGGCACCGAUAAGUAUCAAUGUCCGCUGUGCAAGAAGAGAUUUGAAGGGCCAAUGGAUCUCGGUGUCAAUGCCAUUUUGGCCCAGAUCACCCAGGAUUACAAGAGGCGGAGACUAGAAGCCCCCGAGAUGGAGAGUGAGGCGGAGGAAUCUGACGACGAAGCACGGUCUGCCUGCGCGGACCAGCCGGUGGAGCCAACGCUCGACCUGAAGGACAGCGUGUGCGAGAAACACAGCCGGCCCCUGGAACUCUUCUGCAGCACCGACCACGCGUGCAUCUGCACACAGUGUGCGGAGGAGGACCACGCAGGACACGCCGCCGUGCCCGUCGAGGGCGAGUGGCUGCGGAGACACGAGGAGCUCAAGACGGAGGUCCUCCAGGUGAAGCAGGGCAUCCUGGACCGGCAGAAGAAGACGGAGGAGCUCAAGCGACAGAUGAGGCUCAGCAGGGAGGACGCUGAGGAGAGGAUGAAGGAGGGUCAGCAGACGCUGGACGCCAUUCUGCGCUCCGUGGAGAAGUGCCAGAGCGAGCUGGAGGAGGCAAUCGAGGGGGAGCAGAGGGUGGUGGAGAGCAAGGCCCAAGGCCUGCUGAAAGAGCUGGAGCAGGAGAUCAAGGGGCUGAAUUGCAGAAAGGCUCAGCUGAAGGAGGUCUCUCGCUGCCGGGACCACGUCCGCGUUUUAGAAAGCCUCCCCUCCCAGCCGCCCUCCCCAUGCGCUAAGGACUGGGACAAUGUCCUCGUCCACCCUAACCUGCGUGUGGGGACUGUGAGGAGCGUGAUCUCUCCACAUGACAAGUACGUAAGAGCAAAAAUGACAGAGUUGGUGGACGCUGAGUUUAAAAAAAUUAGACAUUAUGCUGUUGAUGACAUUCUGGUGAACGGUUCUACAUGGUCCUCCUUUGAAUUGUCCAAGGACAGGAAAGAGGUCCACUCCCCUUCUGUCUUUGCCAAUGGCAGCCAAUACAUGUUUCUUACUCGUUUAACAGUCUUGGGGGAACAUGUGUUCAGUUCAGGAAGACAUUAUUGGGAAGUAAAUGUGGAGGGAAAGACGUCCUGGCAUUUGGGUGUUGUCGAGGAAACUUUUUCCAGGCAGUGCAGGAAACCUAUGCCACAAAAUGGUUUCUGGCUGCUGCAUUUCAAAGAGGGGAACAGUCUCAGAGCUCUCGAUGACUCUCCUGUCCAGCUCAGUCUGAGUUCCGAGCUGAAUGAAGUCGGUGUGUAUGUGGAUUACGAAGAGGGAGAGAUUUCUUUCUACAAUGUGGAAGCCAGAUCAUUUUUGUUCUCUUUCACAGGGAACACUUUUACUGAGAAACUCUGUUUGCUCUUGAAUCCGCGAGACACUGACAAAGAACCAAUGAUCCUCUCUCCAGUCUCUAAGACCUAAUAGUUUUAAGAUUGAAACAAACUACAGACCCUAAAUAGUGACUGCUUUUGCUUCAUCUGGCAAUUUAGCGGGCUUCUUGAUUUGUUAAUGAAAGAAUAGCACGUGUGAUCAUUUAAAAUGUACAAUCAUUUUACUCGAGGUUUUCUAGAGCUUUAGGUAUAAUAUAAAUGCGUAUUUUAGUCUUAUUUGGAGUCCUGAUUCUGUGAGUUUGUGUAAAUGGAUGAUUCAUACCCACCUCCAUGAGUACACGGGCGACAUGGCUCAGGCAGUAAGAGCAGUCAUCUGGCAGUCGGAGGGUUGCCGGUUUGAUCCCCCGGGCUGUGUUGAAGUGUCCCUGAGCAAGACACCUAACCCCCAGAUGCUCCUGACGAGCUGGUCGGUGCCUUGCAUGGCAGCCAAUCGCCGUCGGUGUGUGAGUGUGCGUAUGAAUGGGUGAAUGAGAAGCAUCAAUUGUACAGCGCUUUGGAUAAAGGCGCUAUAUAAAUGCCAACCAUUUACCAUUUACCAUUUACAGACGGGUAACAUAGGUGAGUCAGCUAGAACACAUUUUGAUAGAUAUUUUAUGACUUCACACAUAUUCAUGUAUGUUUUUUUGGGGGGGUUUAGUUGUAGUCAGGCUGUGCAUUUCCGGGUCAGUGCUUUGCUGUUGUGCAUUAAGUGUUUGAUCGAAUUUCCAGUCAUAACAAUGAAAAAUAUGUCACACGUGUGCCAUGUACUAUACCUCACUUGGAUAUGUGUGUGAGCUAAACAUAAUAACAUAAUAAAUAACAUACACCAAUGCUUACAA